GUUUUGGACGCAUUUUGUGUAAUUACUGUAUUAGUACUGUUGUUUAUUGUGUUAAAAAUGCAUAUUAAACAAGUUAUUAUCCAGGGCUUCAAAAGCUACAGGGAUCAAACUGUUGUUGAACCCUUUGACAAACGGCAUAAUGUAGUCGUAGGACGUAAUGGGUCAGGAAAGAGUAAUUUCUUCUAUGCAAUCCAAUUUGUUUUAAGUGAUGAGUUCUCCCAUUUGCGACCAGAUCAACGACAAGCUUUGCUCCAUGAAGGAACUGGGCCUAGAGUAGUUUCUGCAUAUGUAGAAAUAAUAUUUGAUAAUGCUGAUGCUAGAGUGCCUUUGGAACAUGAAGAAAUUUACUUAAGGCGAGUUAUUGGAGCUAAAAAAGAUCAAUAUUUUCUAAAUAAGAAAGUUGUGCCCAGAAGUGAAGUAAUGAAUUUGCUAGAGUCAGCAGGAUUUUCAAAUUCAAAUCCUUACUACAUUGUAAAACAAGGAAAAAUUAAUCAAAUGGCAACAGCUCCUGAUGCACAUAGAUUAAAAUUGCUGAGAGAAGUGGCUGGUACAAGAGUUUAUGAUGAAAGAAGGGAUGAGUCUAUGGGUCUCUUCAGAGAUACACAAAGUAAAAUAGAAAAAAUUGAAGAAUUUUUGCGGACCAUUGAGGAAAGACUUAGCACUCUUGAAGAAGAGAAAGAAGAAUUGAAACAGUAUCAACAUCAUGACAAGAUCAGAAGAACUUUGGAAUACAUUAUUCAUGAAGUUGAAUUAAAUGAUAACAAAAAGAAAUUGGUUGAGUUGGAAGAUAAAAGAAAUGAGUCAGGCACUGAACAAGAGAAAUUGGCUGCAAAUUUAAAGAAGGCCCAAGACAACAUUAAAAAUUAUACUAAAAAAACAAAAGAGACUAAGAAGGAACUAACAUCACUGAAAGAAGAACGUGACAUUUUAAAUAAUGACCAACAACAUUUGAUAAAAGAAAAAGCAAAAUUGGAUUUGACUAUAAAAGAUUUGUCUGAAGAAGUGCAAGGUGACAAUAAAUCCAAAGAAAGAGCAGAGAAUGAAUUGGACCGUCUCACCAAGUCCAUCACAGAAAAACAAGCAGAACUAGAAAAGGUUAAACCUCAAUAUGAGGCUAUGAAAAAAAGAGAAGAAGAGUGUACAAGGGAAUUAUCACUAAAGGAGCAAAAAAGGAAGGAGCUGUAUGCAAAACAAGGCAGAGGUAGUCAGUUUGCUUCUAAAGAUGACCGUGAUAAAUGGAUUCAGCAGGAACUCAAAUCAUUAAACAAACAGUUGAAGGAUAAAAAAGAUCACAGAGACAAAUUAGAGGCAGAUUUGAAGAGAGAUGCUGCAAAAGAAAUAGAACUCAAUAAAAAAAUUGAGGAGCAAUCUCAAGAAUUGGACAGGCAGAAAAAUUGUAUUGAUGAACACAACAAGCAGUGUUAUGAAUUAAAGAAAAACAAAGAUCAAUUCCAAGCUACCAGAAACGACUUAUGGCGUAAAGAAAACAAUGUCCAACAGAACCUUUCUUCUUUGAAAGAAGACCUUGGAAAAGCUGAUCAACAGUUGCGUUCUAUGGCUGGAAAACCAAUCCUGAACGGCCGUGACAGCGUACGCAAAGUUCUAGAAACAUUCAUGGCACGUGGUGGACGAGAGGCUGAAAUCGCUACUUCUUAUUACGGUCCAGUAAUAGAAAACUUCGACUGUGAUAAAAGUAUUUACACGGCGGUGGAAGUUACAGCUGGUAACAGAUUGUUCCAUCACGUUAUUGACUCUGAUAAGGUUGGCACGCAGAUCUUGAAGGAGAUGAACAAACAAAAACUGCCUGGAGAGGUAACGUUCAUGCCUUUGAAUCGAUUGAACGUUAGAGAUAUCGAUUAUCCCAAUGAUUCGGACGCCAUUCCAAUGGUUUCUAAGCUACAUUACGACGCAAAGUAUGACAAAGCGAUGCGUUAUUUAUUCGGCAAGACCUUAAUUUGUCGUAACUUGGAAGUAGCGACCAAACUUGCCAAGACUACCGGUUUGGACUGCGUCACUUUAGAAGGAGAUCAAGUAUCCUCCAAGGGUUCACUUACAGGAGGUUACUUCAACUCGGCUCGUUCCCGUUUGGAGAUGCAGAAAACUCGCAGCGAAACAAUGCAACAGAUACAGCAAUGCGAUGAAGAGUUGCGAAAUUUACGAAGCGAACUCACGAAAACGGAGUCGUCCAUCAAUACCAUUGUUUCCGAGAUGCAGAAAACAGAAACUAAGAACAGUAAAGCUAAAGGCAUUUACGAUAAAGUUAAAGGUGACAUCAGAUUAAUGCGUGAGGAACUUUCCAACAUUGACCGGUUCCGCGGGCCUAAAGAAAGAAGUUUGGCUCAGUGCAAAUCUAAUUUAGAGGCCAUGCAAACCACCAAAGAAGGUUUGGAAUCCGAAUUACACCAGGAGCUGCUAGCUCAAUUGUCUGUAGCAGAUCAAGCUCAAGUUGAUUCAUUGAAUGAUGACAUUCAAAGACUCCAAAAAGAGAACAAAGAGGCCUUUAGUACGCGUAUGAAGCUUGAAGCGGAAAAAAAUAAAUUAGAGAAUUUGUUGACAAACAAUUUGAUACGUAGAAGAGAUGAGGUAUUACACGCCCUUCAAGAAAUUUCUUUGGAAGAUCGUAAGAGGCAGUUAACGAACAGUAAAAUGGAAGUAGAAGAAAUAGAUAAAAAAAUUGAAAAAGUUAACAGGGAGCUAAAUUCAGUAGAACUUAAAGUUAAGGAAAUGACCAAGAGAUUAAAAACUGAGCAAUCUGAAUUGGAGACUUGGAAGAAGAGAGAGAAAGAAGCUCAAGACAAAAUUGAUGAAGAUGCCAAGCAUUUAGAGAAAUUUGUAUCAAAACAGAACCUGUUAGAACAGAAAAUCACGGAAUGCGUGGAAAAGAUUAAUCAACUUGGUGCUCUUCCUGCCCAAGAUUUGUACUCUCAAUAUACAAAGAUGUCUCAGAGAGCAUUGUUUAAAGAGUUGGAGAAAACAAAUAAUAGUUUGAAAAAGUUUAGCCAUGUCAAUAAAAAAGCAUUGGAUCAAUUCAUGAGUUUUUCAGACCAAAAGGAAAAGUUGCAAAAGCGCAAAGAAGAGCUGGAUAGAGGUGAUGAAAAGAUUAGAGAAUUGUUGGCUGUGUUGGAACAGAAAAAGAUGGAAGCCAUUCAGUUCACGUUCAAGCAGAUCUCCAAAUAUUUCUCUGAGGUAUUUAAGAAAUUAGUACCCAUUGGUCGUGCCAAAUUAGUUAUGAAAACUAAUGAUAGCGAAGAAGGCCGCGAUAUCCGACCAGAUGAUAUGGACUCGGAAGUUUUUAAAGGAAUUGGAGUCAGAGUUUCAUUUACGGAAUCAGACGCUGAAAUGAGAGACAUGAAUCAAUUGUCUGGAGGCCAAAAAUCUUUGGUCGCGCUAGCACUUAUAUUCGCCAUCCAGAAGUGUGAUCCGGCUCCAUUCUAUUUGUUUGAUGAAAUUGAUCAAGCUUUAGAUCCGCAAUACAGAAAGAGUAUUGCUAAUAUGAUCCACGAGUUAAGUUCUGAAGCUCAGUUUAUUACUACAACUUUCCGACCUGAAUUAUUGGAACACGCUCAUAAGUUUUAUGGCGUCAAGUUUAGGAAUAAGGUUAGCCAUGUAGAAUGUGUUUCUAGGGAAGUGGCAAGAGACUUCGUUGAAGACGAUCAAACACAUGCAUAAUCAUAUACGAUUUAUUUAUAGGUUUUUAAUAAAUCCUUUAUAUUAGUCUUAAAACCAAUGUAAACAAUUUAACGUAUAUAAAUAUCUAUUAAAGUUUAA